CUCCACUAGACAGAAGAGCGUGAUGAAGUUGUUUCAUGUGUUAACGUGGACUAUAAUUGCUAAUUGUGUAUUUUCUUGGGAUACUGACGAUUUAGAGCUUUUUGAUUUGGUAGAGGAAGUAAACCAAAAUUUCUACGAGGUUUUAGGGGUCCCCUCGACAGCUUCGUCCUCCGAAAUUCGUAAAGCAUACCGACGUCUUUCCCUCAUUCUUCAUCCUGAUAAAAGCAAAGAGGAAAAUGCUGAAGUUAAAUUUAGACAAUUGGUUGGAAUAUAUGAAACUCUUAAAGAUGAAGAAAAAAGAAAAAGGUAUCACUUAGUGUUAGAGAAUGGCUUGCCGGAUUGGAGGCAGCCAAUCUUUUACUACCGCCGGGUUCGUAAGAUGGGACUGCUGGAGUUCUUUGUGGUUAUUUUCGUUAUCACAACAGUGGGCCAGUAUAUCAUAAUGUGGGCUGUUUAUGCAGAGAGGAAGUUCACAUUGUCAGAAAACUUUGGAGAAAUGAGGGAAAAAGCAAAAAGUAAAAACAGGAAAGCUCGUCAACAACUGGAGGAUCAAAUAGACACUCUACUGGAGGCCAAAUUGGACGCUGUCCCUCGCCCUCGAGUAUCACAGCUCUGGCCAGUCGUGUUAGCCAUAUUCACUGUAAUAUCAGUUAUCAAUAUUCCAAAAAAUAUAAAGAAGAGGAGGGAAGAGAGAGAAGAGAUGAGGAGGCAGGAAGAAGAAGAAGCCAGGAGAAGGGAAGAGGAAGAAAUUCUGGCGAAAGAGGAAAAAUCUAAGCCUCGUAUUGAUGCAGCUCUAAAUCCAAAAACAAUCAAAAUAGCAGAGGGAGAGGCAGUGGUGUACAAUAAUGUGAUCAAACGUUCAGAUGAUGAAGAUCAGGAAUACAAACAAGUCAAGAGUGGGGAAUGGACCGAUGAAGAGGUGGCAAAACUUGCUAAAGCUGCCAACAAAUUCCCAGGUGGUACCCCCAACAGAUGGCAGAAAAUAGCUGACCUUGUGGGAAGGCCCAUGGAGGAGGUAAUCGCCAGGUGUCAAAAGAUGAAGGACAGUCACGCCAUGACAUUAUCUACAUCAGUACAAGGGGGAGUGGGUAAAGGGAAAAAAUCUCUGAUUAUAUCAGAUGACAUCAUAUCUCAAAAGUCAGUUGAAAAUAGUGAUAGCCAGUCAGAGAAGGAUAUGUCUCAAAACGGUGAUAUACAAAUCAGAAAGAGAAGCAAAGCUUCCAAAAAGACAAAUGUAGAAACACUAAAGAGUACUUCCAAGGGGAGUAACUUAGAAGGAGGAGCAUCUUGUGAUAAUACUCAGGACAGUUUAAGACUUACUGAUGAAUCUGAUGGUUGGAAUAAGAACCAGCAGACGAUUCUAGAGUGGGCAUUAAGACAGCACCCCAAAGGUACAGACCAAAGAUGGGAGAAAAUAGCAGAACAUAUUCCAGGGAAAUCUAAGGAGGAUUGUAUAUCCAGAUUCAAGUACCUAGCUGAACUAGUUAAAAGAAAGAAAGAACAGACAGGAAAAAAAGACUGAAGAUGUGAAUAUUAAAGCAGAUCAUGUUCUCAUCACCAAAUCUUUUAAAACAAUUUUUUAUCAUAAUUUUGUCACAACAAAGAUUUUCACUUGUGGUGUGAGCACUGCCCUUCCAUUUGAGAGCUUAUAAAAGAUCAGUACAUUGUAUGUGUUGCACUUAUAAAAAUCAUCAGCUCUCAGACUAUGGACUAGGAAUACUUUAAAGUCCAAAGAAAAUAGUGAAUAGGAUAUUAAAUUAUUUUAUGAUUUAAUAUAUUGAUUCAUAAUGAAGUAUUGAUCAAAUUCUAGUACAUGAAAUCUUCACAAACUAUAAAAUGAAAAACAUUUAUAAAAAGCAAUCAUUCUAUUCCGCAAGAUCUUUGUAUCAGAUAUACAUGUAGUUAUUAGAUUUUGCCGUAGCUUAUUGUUGAGCUUAGAGAGUGCCUUUGUAUGUUUAUUGUACUUGCCAAAGACAAUUUUACAAUUUUUUAAGUAAGGUAGGAUAAUAGUUAUUUUAGAUUUAAAUAUUACUGCAAGUUAUGUUUACAUGUAAUACACUAGAGAAAAAGUGUUAAAUCAAAAUAUUGAUGUGAGUUUCUAAUGGCAAAACUUGCACAUCUCUGGUAUUGAAUGCAUUUUAAAAGCAAUAAAUGCAUGAGAUAUUAUUAA